AGAAAGAUUUUCAAACAAACAAACAAAAUAAUUUGGAUCUGUCGUUCUUCGAGCAGAUCAGAUCCAGACUCAAAUUCAUCGUCUUCAUCCCACUUCGCCCAUCGCCAUUUUUGCAGCUUCAAAGGUAUUAUUAUUAUCAUUAUUAUACCAAUCCUCCUCCUCCCUCUCCAUUGCAAUACGCGCCACCGCUGCAAUUUUAUAAUUAUUGGAGUUGCUGCUUGACUGAGCUUUACUAGUUAAUCAUGUCUGAGCAUAUCAAAGAGACUGAACGGCUGGAUGGAGAUGGACAUGUUGGAUCUGAAGAAUCUAUGCCGUCGUCUCGGAAGGAGGAGGAAGUUAUAAAGAAAAAAUAUGGAGGAAUUGUUCCCAAGAAGCCACCGCUCAUUUCUAAGGAUCAUGAACGUGCGUAUUUUGAUUCUGCUGAUUGGGCAUUGGGAAAGCAGCAAGGAGUUGAGAAGCCUAAAGGACCUUUACAAGCUCUUCGGCCAAAAUUACAGCCAACACAACAGCAAACACGAUACAGGAAGUCUCCUUAUGCUCCAUCCGAUGGCGAAGAUGGAGGAACUGCUCCGAAUGAAUAGGCAACUUGGAAUGACUGAACAACUGCUGCUGCUACUUGUGCUUGUUGCAGUUGUUUUGUUGUAACUCACUCCUGUUGGAUGCCUGUUUAGGUAUGAGCAAUCUUCUUUUGUUUAUUAGAAUACAAUUGCUCGGGUCGGGAUCUGUUCAUGUGCUUACACUAAGAAUAUCUAUUGUGCGGAGAAUGGUAUUGGACAUUAAUCUAUUUCAUAUUGUCAUUGAUAUUGUGAU